AUGGCGCUUGAGAAAUUCGGUCCUUAUCUUCCCACGAUCAUCGGGCCGAAACAUAUCGAAAAACUCUACGAGCUCUGGGGUAUCGAUUAUACCGUUGAGAUUGAAGCAGCUGAAGAAGGUGAAACUCCGGAGACUGUGAGGCUGGGGUACUGCGGGGCCUACACAUCGCAUUUCCAGGACGACGGUUUGUCAUUUCCUCUUCCUCGUUUUCUUCUCGAGGUGCUCGCGGAGCUCAGGAUGGCUUUUGCCCAGAUGGCGCCUAAUUUCUGGCGCUAUUUUGAUGGCUUCGUGGAUCCGAGCCAGGGAGGAGGGUCUCAGUGGUUCCCAGGAACAAUGAUUCUUGCCCCUAGGCCCGGCCGUUCUGUUAUAGACGGUAUUUCUAACAGGGACGACCGGUGGAGGGAGAAAUUUUUCGUUUUUAAGAUUAACCCGGCGUCGGUCGGUGACUUCGACUUCGAGACGAUCCCUAGGGUGCGGUCCUAUGAGAUUGAGCCCUUCGGUUCUGUGCCUAUGACUCCCGAGCUUCGCGGGCUAAUUGCCACUUUGCGGACAGGUAACCCUCGAUGGCUCGCGUUCACCGUAGUUCGAAUUAAAGCAGCUUACGCCCUUCCGCCAGGUGAGAACCGUGCUACUCCUAUCGGUUCAGUGGUACCUGUUCGACCCAGAAAAAGUCAUCGUGAUAAGAGGGCGAGGGAGAAGGAGCCGCUGCCUGACCGUCCUGAUGAGUCUUCUGAAGUCGGGCCGGUGUCGGUCGCCGUUCCCGCUGGUGGGGUCCAGAGGGCGCUGAAUGCUUCAACUAGUUCUGUCGGUGAUCGAGCUCUGAACGACGAGGUCGCUUCGCCGAUUAACCAGCCCCGAUGUCGAGCUCACGAGGAGAUUAACUCUGCGAUUUCGAACUCACCGAGCUCGGCGCUUCCUCCGCCGUUACGAGCCCUUGGCGAAGGUACUUCGUGA